CAGAGAAUUCCUGCUGGAUGCUCUCAUGCUCUGUGAGCGUAGCCACUGUAUUCGUCAAGUGUCACGCCUCGCCAUGGAGGAUGAUAGUGGAGCAUUCUCAUCACGUGUCUUGGUUUGGCUGACAGGAAUCCACUUCCAUACCACUGUUGACCCUCAGGCUAUCACAUACAUUAUGAAACUGGCACAGUCUAAACAAUAUGUAGCUAACCAAGCAGUGAUGGCAGCAUCCAGCAUGGUUUAUAAACUCUGUCAACAAGAUCCUCAUAUGUGCACCAUCUACUCAGAACCUUUGCUGGAGUAUGUGACUGGACAGGUGGGGGACUCUUGUGGGGUUGGGAGGAGCAGAGGACAUCAGGACAAUAUCAAGUUGGCAUUGAGAGCCCUGGGUAAUGCUGGAGUAUUACCUUAUGACAACUUCCCUGAGAAAUGUUAUAUGGACAAGUCAGUAGUGCCAGAGUUGCGUGUUGCUGCACUCCAGACUAAUAGACGUAUUGGCUGUUUUAAUUCUAAGGCUCCCUGGAAGAUUCUGGAGGAUGUUGAUGAGAAGGUUGAUGUCCGGAUAGCAGCUUAUCUGGCUCUUGUCCCCUGUGCCACCCACACCCCGGGCUUCUUCACACGGAUCAAACGCCUCCUAGAUCACGAAGAUGUCAACCAAGUUGCCUCCUACAUUUGGACUCAUGUACGCAAUUUGGUAGAACAUCCAGGCCCAAGUGAUUAUGACCGUGAGUUAGCUAAGUUAGCUUCUCAACACACUCUCCCAGCCAAGUUCAACGCGAAUGCCUUUUAUACAUCUCAUAACUACCGCUAUACUCAGUUCAUUGAGACUGUAAACCUUGGUGGAAGUGUUGGUGGAAAUGUCAUCUUUACUCCAGACUCUUACAUUCCUCGGCAAGCAUCGGUCAACCUCACUAUUGAUGUUUUGGAUCAGUCUCUAAAUGUUUUUGAGUUAGGAGGAGACUUCAGUGGUAUAGAAAACAUUAUUGAAGGACUAUAUGGAAAAGAUGGAUAUUUUGGAAAUGAAGAAAUUUUAAAUGUACUGAAAAGUUUUAGACCAAAGAGAAAUAUUAUUCGUGAUGAUAAAAUUGAGGAAUUCCAAAAGUUAUAUGAUGAAGCGGAGACAGUAAAUGAGGUUGAUGUGUCAGCUGACAAGGAACCAAGAGCAUCUGUGUUUCUCAGGGUCUUUGGCAAUGAGGUUAUGUACUUUGAAAAUCUUAUCAAGUCAAACAAAAUGCAGUUUCUUCAACGAUUUAUAAAGGAUUUCUCGACCCCCAGAUCUUUCCAGGUUGUGGAUCAAGAAUAUAUAAGCCCAACUCUUUUGGGUUUUCCCCUUAAACUACUACUCAAUGCUACUGGUUCAGUCAUCUUUAACAAGGAGGAAAAGUUGCAGAUGAGAGGCACUCAGGACAUAAUCUUAGAGGGAAAACUUUCCCCUUCUGCUGUUGUUGCACUUGAUGAAACACUUAUGGUUGAUGGCUAUGUUUCUUCCAGUGGUAUCAGGAGAACAACUACCCAGAUUGCUCGCACACAUAUUGGGGGUAAAAUUGCAAUUGAAAAUGGAGAGAUUUUAGAGGUACAAAUUAAUGUUCCUAGUCCUGAGAUCACGAAGCUGAGCAAAUCUGUAAAAGUUUCACUCUUCAAAAAUUCCAGAAAGGAUUGGGAAGAACACAAAGGUGAAGGUGAAGAGUCACAACAACAGUGCUCACCAGACAGUCUUAGUAAAGGACUUGGCCUUGAACUGUGUAGCAGUGUCAGUUACAAAACUCGCUCUCUUGAUGGAGAAACUAUCGUGAGUGAACCGUACAAUAUGGAUUUUAAGAUAACCAAGACAGAUACAUUUAAUUAUUAUAAAUUAUAUGUUAAAAAACAGGAAAAUGUUCUUGAAGCUUUAUUUGAUUCUCCAGGAUCUUCCAUUGAUCGAAAAGUUCAUUUCCUGUUUAAUGUGAGACCAAAUGAUGCAGGAGUGUACAUGGCCAUCAGAGGAAUGGGUUAUGGUAUUGAGGGAGAAUAUGAGAACACUUACGCAUCUAAAAAACUCUCUCUUGUGUAUCGUGAGGAAUCUAAUGUUGUUGGGGAAUUUGAAGUAUCACUUCAGAAUCAAACAGGAAAAUAUGGACAUAAGUACAUUCCAAAGAUGUCACUUACCUUAGGAAAGGAAGUUUUGACACUGGGGGGAAACAUUGUUUAUAAUAAAGAAGAAGAACAUGAAGGUUUAGAAGUUACUUGGGAACUUGAAGGAAUCUGGCUCGGUGAUGAUGGAAUGAAGACUUUUGGAAAGAUCUUUGUUUCUAGUUCAGGAAACCUCAUUCUUAACAGGGAGAAGCAAAGAAUGCAAAUAUCAUCCAAGUAUGGGAAAGAUGCCAUUCUGGCACACUCAGUGUUACUGACAUUAGAUUCUUCUCAAAUGAUGGAACAAGGGAAGAAAAAGAGAAAGGGAUCCUUAUCAAUGGAGUCAAGUCAGGCGGAAAGUCAAGUGGAGGUGGACUUUGAAUAUCAACCAGGACAUGCUGAAGUGAACAUCAAUGUUACAGUCCAGACAAUCCAGGUAGCAUCUCAACUUAUAGUGAAGAACUUAAUUGAGGGGAACAGCAAAGACACUCAUUUGACAGUGAAUUUUGUUAGCCCACAAAUGAACAUGGAUUACCUUGGCCAAGUUAUUUAUAAGGUAUCAGAUCACGGUCUCCAAGCUGAAGCAGAAGUCAAACUCAACUCCAUACUCCAUUCCAAAUUUUUACUGAUGUACCUGAUGGAAACAGAUCCUUUGCAUUUACUUGCUGGAUUACACUUCCACUUUAAUGAUUUUAUUAUAGAAUUUGGACACAAUAUUGACUUCAGUCAACCUGACCGUGCUGUCAUCUCUAUGAGUAGUUCUGUGGGACCAGCAGUUGCAGCGUUUCUUUAUGAGGUGGACUACAGUCGAGAUCAUCCCUUUAAUGCAAGUGUGGAGUUGUAUGGUGCCUUUGACAUUCAUCAAGCAGGAGUGUCACUAUACACUAUGUCUGAUCAAGACUGGCAUAAUUUCACUGGCAGAAGUAAUCUCAAGUGGUUUGACUGGUCUUACAGUAUUGAGCAUGAAGCUUUCUUGGAUACCGGUAAGAAGAUGGUGAAAUUCACAUCUGAAAAUAGUGGAGUCCUGGAAAUUGCAUUUGAAACACAUCCAAACUUCCUACUUCAGUUUUUGGCACGGAGUGGACCUGAUGAUAGGGACCCAGCCUUUCAGAUAGUCAUAGAGAGGCAGACAUCAACUGAGCUUGAGAUGUUCCAGGCAGACAUCGCAGCUAGUGGGGACCAUCUCUUUCAAACUGCCAUGUUCUUGAAUAGGGAGAAAACUUUUAAUGGUAGUCUUCGUCUUCUAGAGAGUGAAGUUGUCAUCAGUGGAAAAUAUCACCUUCCUCAUUCAGGGAUGAUUGAAGGAUCAGCAGAAGCAGCAGUCACAUUACCAUCAGGCCAAGCCUUCUCCUCUAAUCUAAGCCUUAUUCAUUCAUAUGAUGGCACCACACGCGACUUAUUGGUUUCAUAUGGCUGGGGUGAUGGUGCCAUUGAAGGUCACAUGAAACACAUGCAUCGUGAGGGUUGGUUUGAAGAUGAUGCAACCAGCUUCAAUUUGACCUUAACAACACCAUUCUCUCAGUUGCAAAAUAUUGGGUUAAGUUUUGAAAAACUUAGUGACCCCUCCAAACUAAACUUUGCUGAGAUUGAAUUGGAUGAAUUUAAGAUACGUGGGGAAGCCCGGCUAGGUGAUCCAACCAACUUUGAGGCCAAGUUGACAUAUGAAGAUGGAGGGACUUGUGACUCCUACUUCCAUAUAUAUCACAAUCAAGAAAGUCACCACUCACUAACUGGAGCAAGUCUGGCAAUACUAGAUCACAGUACUUGGCAAGUUGAUGUAAACACCACUUUUGUGUUUUCUGACCAAGAGGAAUCACUUGAUGUUGAGAUAAGUUUCCAGUUUCCAGUGUUAACAAGCCCUUUCCAGUUGUAUGGGAACUAUAAUAUUACAAAGGAUCAUCUUGGCUUUGAAAUUGAAGCAGGAAUGGAAGAAAAGAUGUGUUUAUCAUUUUUGGGAACUAAGGAGUCAUCUUUGAGUGCACAGAAGCUUCAUGGUCUGGCUGAAUUUAACAGCUCAUGGACUGAACCUUUACUUAUGAAUGUGACAGUUGAUCAUAUUUUAGAAAAUAUUUUAAAUGUAAAUUGUGCUUUCCAGUCAUCUUGGGAUGCCAUAUCAUCUUGGGAAGCUGAAUUUAGUGCUAACUAUUCAUUGCCUGAAGACACAAAGGCCCACUUCUAUCUCACACACAGUGACCUUCAGAUUACAUUGGAUCUUGCUUACAACUUUUCAAUGAGUGGCUUGAAGCAGACACUAGAGGGUUCUGUGAACACUAUGACAAUUAGGCAGGACAUAGAUACAGUUUGGGAUAAAAACUUUGUCCCAACUAAUAUAAAAGGACUAAUCUCUCUCCUCAACAUCCAUGGUUAUAACUUUGACUUGAGUUUAUCACAUGAAGGGGAAUCAGUUCCUUAUGUAACUGAAAUAACAGGGUCCUUGAAUGACAUGACUUUUAUAGUGGAACACACACUGGAGUUGCAUCACUUGCUAGAGUGGUCGAGUUCACUGCAGAUCACCUUACCAAGUGUUGAAGGAAUUAUAGGAACUCAGGUCUCACUAAAUGCUGAAAGUGACUUAUCAUCUAUAAACUCAACUUUUACCUUCACAUCUCCUUGGACUGAAGAGUAUAAAGGCAAGUUAAUAGUAGAGGAAACUAAUACUGUAACUGACUACAAGCUUGAUUUAACCCGUGGUGACACAUCAGUACUCACAUUGAUGGUUAUAUCAACUGACCUUGCUAGCUGGUACCAAUCAGAUCUUGUACUACAGGUGACUUCUUCUUUCUUUGAGCUCUCAGAGAUAAAGUGGAAGCACAGUUUAGAUUCUGAGUAUUUGGCAAGUGUGCAAGUUACCUAUGGCUAUGACAUUUUUGUACAAGGUAAAAGUCAUUUGAAGUUCAACCAGGGAUGGUUCAAUCAGGAAUUUGUAUUUUAUGAUUUCAGUGCCAAAGCCAAUAUCACAGAUUUGGGUGUGCAAUUUAAGUCUCUGUUGAAUGUGGACUCUAAUUAUACUGGGAAAGUAGAGGGUGUAUGGAAUGACUAUUACUUCACCCUGACGUCAGCCUUCCUUGAUGGUAACAUUUUCAAAGUAAUGGCAGGUGAUUCAGAAAGCAAAUUUCAUUCUCAACUGCUAUAUGAAAAGAGAAAUGAUGGCAACUUACCGAAUUUGCAUUUCAGUUUUGCAAGAAAUGAGAUGGACCUUUUUAGAUUCAAGAUCACAUUUGAAGAUGCUUAUCCCAAAGUUGAUGCUCUGUUUUCCUUGGAAGUCUAUAGUGAGAAAAGUAGCACUUUAAAAAAUGGCCACUUAAGGUUGACUGCCGACCUGGCUAACAUUCACAAUUAUGAUUUUAAGGGCAGUUUAGAAUUAAAGUCUGAUCUUGAAGGCUUUGAGAAUUUGGGGGGUAACCUGGAAGUUGACGUUAAAAUCAACAACCAUUUUUCUUGGAAAGGCCACGUGAAUGGAUUGGUAAAUAGUAAGGAGUGGGUAUACAAAGCAAAUUUAAAUGGUUCUUUUGCGCAUCGUCCUGAGUUUAGGUUGGAAUACGGAACACUGUAUGAAGUAAUUUUCAAAGAGGAAACUUUUGAUAGGAAAGAAAUAAGAUUUAUGAUGUCUGCAACCCAGGAAAAAGAAGUCCAAGUAAAGUUCACACUUUAUACUGAUCAUGUCACCCCCCAGUGGUCUCUGUAUAUGAGUUACGAUAACAAGUAUGGAAACUUCAAGGGUUAUGUUAUGCCCGGUGACUCCCACAAGUAUGAACUCUCCUUUCGCCUUUCAAGGAAGACUUUACAUGUCAGUGUUCAGAGAAUUAAUAAGGAUGGAUCAAAAUUCCAAUACAUUGAAGGCAAUCUCAACUGGAUAAUAAGAAGAGUCAAGCAGCUAAUCAUUAUUAACCUGAAUUCAGAUGAACCCAGUAUUUCCAAGAUUACUGGGCAGCUAGUUAUUCAACAGAAACGUGACUUGGCUAUAACUGCAAACUUACAUGUUAAUGAAGAUAAUUUCCUUGGAACUCUCAGAUACAGUUCACAAUCUUCAAAUAAUCCCAACCGAAUUAGUAUAAAAAUAGAGAAUAACAUUGUUGUGACUUUCAGAACCAAUAUUCUUUUUGAUUUUGUUGUCAUACCAGAAGGUUUUACAACUGAUUUGACAAUUGAUGUGGAUGAGGAAAAGGAUUGGCUUUCAGGAAGCUUAAAAGUUACCCUCCCAGAGUCUUACCUUCAUUUUAAAACACCAUUUUCUGUGAUGGAAACUUUUAAUUUAACAGUUAAUGUAGAAAAGGAUGAACACUUUGGCCUGGUAAUAAUCUUGCAGGUUCCACAGGGGUGCUUCAAUUUGACAGGUACAUUGGAUGAAUAUUUUCUUUCCUCCAUGCUAAACAUUCACAUCCAGUUACAGUGCACAGAAGAGGUUAUAUUUGACUUUAAUUUGAAAUACAACUUCGAUAGAUAUCCCUACAGCUUAUAUAUUGACUUAAGUACUCAUGACUAUGGAUUGCUUUUCAAGUUUAAUGGUACAUACCACGUGCAGCAUGACAAAAUUGACAUUAAGCUCGAAAGUGAAGUUUACCCACAGAUAUCACUUGGUGUGUCACUCUUGGGACAAUUUGGAGAAACUUCAUCCAAUACAUCUUUCUUCCUCUGCAGACUUCAGACUAAGGAUCAGUCCAUCUCCCUGGAAGCUGACUAUGACUUCCAACCAGGAGGGAAAGGGAUUAAUGUCACAUUUUCAAAUUCGUUGUUUGGUUUUCCUUUGAAUGUGAAAUUAAUGAGUGAGUUCAACAUGACGAAGGAUUCUGGAAGCAUGAGAAUGCACUUGGUGACAGACUCGACCUUUGAUGGUGCUGAUCUUUCAGUUGCUUAUGACUUAACAGAAGAAAUCAAAGAAGGAACCUUUAAGCUGUUGACUACAAAUGGUGAUGCUGAAGGUGAGGUGACACUUCAAAAGAAUAACAACCUUUUAUCAGUCAUAGCUAAUAUGUCCUCCAGUCUUCACACCUUCCACAACUAUUAUAUGAAAUUCAUUCAUGAAACUCAAGGGAUGAACAGGACACUUGAGGUACAGAGUGUCCAAGAUGACACUGAAUUCCAGCUUAAUUGUUUCACAUAUAAAACAAUGGAUGAAUUGAAACUGCAGCUUUCCUUCUCAACACCAUUUAAAAUCUUUGAAAGUUUUGAAUUUGAACUGAUCCAUCCAGUGAAGUACAUAUCUGAAAUCUUUGACCAAGCAAAGUUUAUUGUUAAGUCAUCUAAUGAGACAUAUACCAUUGAAGUCAGACACAAUCAUCAUCGGGCUUGGAGAAAGCAGCUCACUGAAAUUACCUUCACUUGUCCACAGUUUGAGUCACAUGAAUUGUCAAUUCUUUUGGCAUACAACUUAUUAGAAAGUCUAGGAUCAGCUGUUCUUAAUACUCCUCAGGGUCGUGUCGGAUUACAGGGAACGUGGCAGAAUUCAGAAAGGAAUAUUGCCAUAUCAUUGAUUUCUUUCUUAACUUAUUUUGGUUUAGGAGAAUACAGCUUGGCUGUUGACUUUCCUCUUGAACUAUCCCAGGAAAGUGAGUUUCACUUAACAUACAACAGUUCUGAGCUGGCAUUUGUAACUGAAAUUAGAACUGGAGAAUACUUAAGAAAUGGAAACAUCAGUUUUAGUAUGAAUUUAAAGCCUGAGUCUGUUAAUAAAAUUUACAGAAUCAGUUAUGAAUUACAGGAUUCUCUAAAGAUAGAUGGACAGUUUGAUAACUGGACAGCGAUGACAAAAUUGACUUUUAGUGGAAAACUGAUCCCUGCUAUGUCGGGAAAUCUUGAGAUUAAGACUAACGUUAAAGGUUUUGGAGGUGUAGAUGGGUCUUGGAACAUUGGAAGGAAAGAUCAGGCAUAUAUAACUGAAGUAAAUAUUGACAUUAAGCAACAAGGAGCUUUGAAAUUUAAAGCUGCAGUUGAUAUUGAGCCUGAUGGAUCACCACCUUGGGAUAGUAUUAAAGUGAACUUUCUCUUUGAAUCUCCCUUCACCUUGACUCAUCAUCUUCAAGCGGAGUAUGACCUUAGAACACCAACAUUAGCCGCAUACUAUCAGUAUGGUCUUGAUACAUUCAAGAUUCAAUGGAGUGCAAAUUUCAGUAGUAAAUUGGCAACAUUUGAGCUAAAUGGUGAAAUCCCCAUCCAGGGGAUUUCAGACUUCACUUUCAGUCUUAAAAGUAACUUCAUGGAAUCAUAUACAGCUAACUUUGUGGCAAGAAUUGAGGAGACGACCCUUAAGUCAAGUUUUGAAUUUUUAUCCGAUUACAAAGUUGGAUCAAUAUUGGCAUCGUUGACAUCACCAUUCAUCAGGCCAAUGAAGGCAGAGAUAAACUGGUCCUUUGCUGAAAGUCCAAUGAGUUUUAAGGCCUUGUAUACAGCUGGAAAAUACUCAGGUGUUCUUGAGAUGAGUCUGGAUUAUACUAGCAACUCUGCCCAUUUUGAUUUCCAGUUGAGGUCAACAUCGGAUAAAACAUCCAAACUUAAUGUUGACUUCAUGUAUGACUUAUCAGAUUAUAAAGAUAUUCAGGCUGCCAUUGUUAUACAUGCAAAUCAUCACAUUUUAAACCUAAAAUCAAAUUUAAUGAUAAGUGAAGGAAAAUUUGCACUGAAAUUCUUCAGUUUUGUGAAUGUCUAUGGAAGUAACAGUUCUGUUGACAUAGGGUUUGAAAAACUAGAAAAAACAUGUAAAGGAAAUAUGUCUGGGAAGAUAAAUGGAAAUGAAAUAUUGAAUAUUAGCUUUUUAUUAAACGUGUUCCAGUUUCAGGUCGACGUGAAAUACAAACUGGAACAAGUCUUUGUUGUUAAUGUCAAUUAUUACCAAACUAAUGUGCAGCUCAUACUGAACGACUAUUGGCAAUUCAACUUAUCUACUCUUCAUAAAUCAGUAAAAAAGGGGCAUCAUUUUGGCCUUUACUUCAAUGGAUUCAACAUUGAACCAAUUACUAUAGAAGCAAAUUAUACUACCAGGAGACAUAAUCAUCGGUUAAAUAUUUCUCUAAAAAGCUCCUUAAUGCAACCAGUGACCAUUCAUUUAACUUAUUUUCGUGCGAGGAACAAUCAACUUAAAGCUCGAGUUACAAUUGGGAAUAAGGAAUACAACUUGACUGGGGGAGCAAAUUUACGGAAAAGAGAAUCUAGUUUUAAAAUUGUCUUUCACACUUCAGAAGACCCCAGUAAUCCCAUCAUUUUGGAAGCUAUGUAUGAUUUAAAAAAAUUCUUACAAGGGAAGAUGAAGUCUGUAAUGGAUUUAGCUUUUGUUAAUUUUGAGUGGAGAGAGCAGCUGCAGGUGAAUGUGACAGGGAUGCGCACUGGAGACCAAACAAAGAUGACUAUUAUUACUACUACACCAUUAACCUCUGUGCCUCAGUUCCUCAUUGGCUAUGAUGGGGAUUUCUCUCACAAAAAUGGUGAUGUUGAUCUCUCUUGUACUGUCUUCAUGGAGUGGUCUCAGCAGGUCAAUGCUACUGCCAUUUUCAAGCUCAAGGAUGAUGAAAUUGACCUCAAGUGGACUUUAAUGACUUCUUACCCAAUACUAGAAAAGCAAACUUUUUCGUUCAUGCUCAAGCCUGGUCACAUAAAAGCAGCCUUCAUGUUGAAUAAGGAGGUGUGGACAGUUUUAUGUGACUACCAAUUUUCUCCCACAUAUUCAAUAGUAUGUUUUGUUGAGACACCAAUUAAUGGCUAUGAAAAUCUUUCACUAACAGUAUCUGCAGGGAUUACAAAUGAUCAUUAUACUGGUCAGAUUGACUUGACUUGGCCAGAAUCACAAACUGUGGCAUUACAUAUUCAGGCUGAAGACAUGAAAGUGGAAUUUAAAUUAUUGACUCCAUGGGAGCCACUUAGAGUGGUCUUAUUUAUGGCAUCCUUGGAAACUGAUGAGCAACAGAAGUACUCGGGUGUCAUCCAGUGGGACAAGAGGAAGAUAGUGACUUCUUUCAAUCUUUUUUCAACAGAAUUGCAGUUUGUGACCAAAUAUAGUGUGGAUGAUGAUGUAAUUUGUCUUGCUAAAAUUGAAAGUUUGUAUGAAAAUGGUGAACUAAAAUUUCUAAUAGAAAUUCAGACUCCUUUUGUGCUCUUGAAAAGUCUAAAGACUAUAUUUAAUCUUGAAUCUCAAGGUUUUUCAGCUAUGCUCUUAGUAAAUGGCAUAACAAAUGUUGUUGAGGGUAUGUAUUCCAUAAAUGGAUGUGAUUUUACAGCUGAUAUUCCAAUUUUAGGAGACUUGAAAUGGACACUGGAAGCAAAGAAUCAGUGGAUGGAGAUGAAUACAGAGGGGUCCAUCAUGUUUUCACAGGCAGCUUCUCCUUUUAUCAUCACUUUUAGUUAUGAUGUAGAUCAGCAGAGUUAUGCAUUCAAGUCUCUGUUUGAAGUUGUAUCUGAUAGGAAAUGGGUGUCUCUCAGUGUAGAGUACAUGAAUACUUGGACCAUUCAGGCUGUUAUCAUUGACUCUCAUAUGGAAAUAAAAGUCAUGAAUCCUCAUGAUGGAGAAACACAUCUGACUUUAAGGCUUGAGUCCCCACAGUGGAAUCUAAAUUUGUUGAACUUUAAUGUUACAGCCAAGUACGGUGCUCAGGUGGAGUCCCUUGAUGCUUCCUUGGCAUUAUUAUUAAAAUCUAGAAACAAACAUUUUUUGCAUUAUAACUUAAGCUUGAGGGCCAGUGUGAUAGAACAUCGCUUAAUUGUGAAUCUUGAAUUGGGAAGUAAUCAAAUUCUCGCUCCAUAUCACAUUAAAUGUAUCAUCCCAUUAAUCAAUGUGUUUUAUGAAGAAGGAAAGCUAGAGUUGAGUGUGACCCAGGGAGAGGAAGAGCGAUUUGUGUUGGCAUAUGAGACCUUGUUUCCCUACAUGUGGUCAUCUAAUAGAGUCUUGCUAGUUAAGUCUUCUGAAUGGUCUGCAGGUUUCCUGGUCAUUCUCACUCAAAAUUCUUUAAAUUUGUCGUUUUCCUUCCCAGAUUUAUCCAAAGAGCACUCUUUUCUGGUCACCUGGUCUGAUGAUACCAGUUUUGUGAAGCUCAGGAUUCAAGUGGAACUAAAUUCUCCAUUUUUGAGAGAUGGUUCGUUAAAACUUAAUUUUGAUUAUUCACUUCAGCAAAAAUUGUAUGGAAUAAUGAAUUUUAACUUUUCUUAUGGUAGGAGAAAGGUAGAUUUGAGUGGCCACUUCCAGUAUAAUGUAAAUGAACAUAAGAUUGAUAGUAAAUUCCAAUUAACCUCCAACUGGAUUGGAGAUUACUCCAUAGAAGGCAGUGUUGAGUGGGAGAAGGACAUCUCUGUGAGUGUCAUCCUCAGUGUUUUAGAUGAAGAACACAGCAUUAAUUUACAUUUAGAUAUCACUAACUAUAUCUUAAAGCUGACAAGCAGGUCUUCGUUUUUACCGUUUGAGGAAGUGACUUUUACAGGGAAAGUCAACACUGACUUUAAACUUUCAAAUAUGAAUUAUGAAGGUAAAGUAAUUGUAGAUAACCAGGAGAUCUUUUUAGAUGCCAGAUUUGAGAAUGAAAACCUUCAACAUAUUAAUUCUUACAUCAUUGUGAAACAAAACCAGGAAAAUAUUUUUACAAUGUCACUUGUCUUAUACUCAGAAGUUAAUAGAAUUGAUUUUGAUUUUGAUAUAUAUAGUAUUAUUCCAGAGCUAAAUAAUAAUUUAGAACUGCGUUAUACGGAUUAUUAUGAAGUGAGAGAUAUAUAUGUGAGGCUCAAUAGUUUCUUGUUACAAAAUGAGCAAAUUGUUUUGGAAGUGACAAACAGUAAGUCUUGGCUUGACACCCAGCGUAUUAGCUUAAACUGGUCACAACAUUCAUUCUUUGUUGAAGCUGAUGUAAGAAAAAGGAUUUGUAAGUUUAAUUUAAAAUAUUUUUAUGAACUAAUUGAUUUUGAGAUUCAUCAUGAGGUUCACAAUGGAGAUUUUGAUAUUAUCCUAACAUCUCCUUUCAAAUACUUAGAAUUUUUCACAGUUUCUGUUCACUGGCCUGCUGAUGAUUCCAACCAGAUACCAUUUGUAUCCCUAGUACAUGCAUGGGAUGAUGUUGAAGUUUCAUUCCAUAUCAUCAUUGAAGAUGAUGAUACUUUUGGAAAAAGUGUUGAAGUUGUACUUCUUACAUCAUUUAAAGACUUUGAAAAAUUCAGAUUGGUUACCCCAAAAUUUAAGAGUAAUGGACAGCACUUGCAAGUGAUGUUAGAAUAUCCUGGAGGUAAAGUGGGAAUUGAAAUGAGUAUAACUUUCACAACUUUACUUGACAGCCAAGUUGUGUUGGGUCUUUAUCUACCCUUUGAAAAAUAUGAUAUAAUAUCUUUAUUAUACAUUAUGCAAGGAGGACGUGGAAUAUCCGUCAUAGAGGCACGCAUGGGAAAGGUUGGAUUUAAAUUUGCAUUACAAAAUCAAAGGAGGGCGAUAGGAUCAUCACAGGUAGUCCUUUUGCAGGUGAAUGAGUUUAGUAUAAGAGCAGAAAUAAGAGAGUUUUUAACUUCCAUGAAAGAUAGAGCAUAUAUCCAUAUUGACAUAAAAUCAAAAGAAUUGUUAGAAAAUCACUCAUUUCAUAUUGAGUAUCAACUUGAAGGUCUUAAAAGAAGUUUCUUGGUUGUGAAGAUUGACCAAUAUGAGCUCCUCAAGGCACAUUUAGCUUGGGGUCCAGAUAAAGUGUUUGCAUUUACUCUUCCAAUGAUCUACCCAAGCUCUCUUACUCUUAAUGCAGAGUUUACUGAAAAACUUGAGGAUUUCCAAGUGUUAUUAAAUUUUGCAUCAGAUAAUACUUGGGUAGUUGCUGGGGUCCAUAUGCACCAUGAAGUCUUGGAAGGUGGCCAUCAUUUCUCUAUGCAAAUUGUAGCCUUAGAAAAUCACUUUUAUGUGGAGGGAACAUUUUCAGUAAACUCUUUCCAUUACAAUGAAAGUUUAAUAUUUGAAUUAAACAAUAAAAAAAUGGGUUAUAAAAGCUUGUUCCAGAGAGAACCAGGUUUCUUCAGUACUGUACACACAGGUGACAUCUAUGUGCUGCUGCCAGCUCAAACUGUGCACUAUAAAACUAAUGCAACAUCAAAUUCAAGAGAGUUAGAAAUGUUGUCAAGCUUCACAUGGAAUGAACAAGAUCCUGAAAUGCCACCAAUUACCUUCAAGGUGAACUAUAAUGACAAUUCUUUCUUUGGACAAAUGAGGCAUUACUUAAAAGCAGUUUUCAGUCAUCCUGAUGUUAAAGACAUUUACCUUGAAUGUGACAUAAAGCAAGACCAAAACUCACCAUUACAUGGUUCAGCAGAACUUGUAGAUGGAAACUCUCCAGAGAGGAAUAUUGUAAUGAUGCUUGACAUACAACCUGUUACACAAGAUGGAGAACACAACAUAAAAGUCAACAUCUCGCAGCCUUUCUCUGAAUUUGCUCUGACCAUGGAUGCUCUGGUCUUAAGAUCAGUGUUCACCAGGGGAGAUUACAGGUUUAAAUAUUGGAGUUUAACUAAGGAGAUAUGGGAAGACUUGAAUAUCUUGACUGCUGUAAAUACAACUAAUAGUGGCUAUGACUUUUCUGCAAAUAUUUUCUCGUCUCAAGCAAAGUGGGGCUACAGUUACGAGGGGGACGUUCAUUCUUGGGAUAAUUCGGCCACGUUUAACAUUCAAGGAAACCCAAGCGACUGUGGAGAAUUUUGGAAAUUUGGAACGACAAUAAACAAACAUUUACCCGAACUACUUGUGUAUCUGGAUAUUGGACAGAAAGAUCAGGAAGCUUAUGAAGAAGGGAGGCUGAGAAUUGGGUUGCAUAAUCCAGUUGAACUUGGGACAGUUUUAGAUCAUAAACGAUUUGGGGAGUGGAGCCAAGAUGGUGCUGUUGGCCUGAAGCUUAUUACACCAGACAUACUCCAGUUCAUCUUUGAGUUUGACCCGUCUCUUGACUACAGUGAUAGCAGCUUCUUACACCACUUGACCUCACCUGGAGAUAAGAUCCUGAAUAUUUGGUGGCAUGACCUGACCUCAGUGUCAUCAAUGUGCAAACAGUGGAUUUUACUGGAAGCUCCAGCUGUUCUAGAAGUCUUUGUUAACAGUGAAACUGUUCAGACAAUAUGGGACAGAGAAACAAGUAAUGUUAAUUACUUCGUCAAUGAAUUCAACUCAGCCAUCAUCAACAUCAAUGAAGAUAUCAACUCCUUAUGGAUCGAGUCACUCCAGCCGGCUCUUCAUGCUGUGUACACCUUUACCAUCAGUGUGUCCAAACAAUCUCUGGUGUACCUGGAGAGUUUUGGUGACUAUUUAAGCCUUCAUCUAAAUCAACUAAUGGAACUUAUGAAAGAGGAAUGGGAUUAUCUGGAGGGUCAGAUCAAUACAUUUAUUAUUCCUUUGGCUUCAUGGUGGACGGAUGUUAUACAACAGAUGUGGGAGAAGGUGCAGACCCAGUUCACUGGUCUUUACAAUGUGGUAUCUGCUUGGUUAAUAGAGCUGAGUGAAUAUUUGGAAGCUGAGUUUAUGAACUUGAUGAAGAAGAUGAAGAGUUUGCUAGACACUGUUAUUGGUACACUACAAGGCUAUCUCUAUGCUAUCCAAGAAACUAUUCAGCCAACCCUCGACUCCUUGCUGCAGGUCCUCAUCAGUUAUGGUGAAGAGAUUGGACCACUGUUCCUAAACCAGUGUUGGAAGCAUAUUUCAGACAAGCUGGAGUCAAUAGCAUUGAUGAGAGAGGGCAUCAUCAGUAUGUGGCCAGUUGUGAAAGAGUUCCUGCAGACUGAGGCAUAUUAUAGCCACUUCACUCAAGCCAGUGUUGUGGUGUUUGGGUGGAUACAGAACUGCUGGAGUGUUGUUAUGGGUGGAGUUACCCAACUAGCGCUACAAGCACAAGAGAGUUGGCGGUCAUGGUUACUGGCUCUCAUGAAUCUCUUGACCCAGAUACAAAGAACAGCAGCAAUUCCAGUUGUACAAAAUGAAAUUGAGACUGAAAGAAUAACCCAAUUUAUUCAAGAACAAACUCCGAGAGUCACACAAGUAACUGAAGAUAUCGUUAAUUUCAUGAAGGGUAUCAUAAAAGCAUUCCAGACUUACGCAGGUGGCCACUUUGUCUUCGACUACAUGAAGGUUACUUAUGGCAGCAUUAAUGUUAGGGUGAUGCAAAUGUGGGAGAAGUGGAACAGUGCAGAACGUAAGAAUAUGGAUGGACUUGAAUGUUUCACCUUCUUGGUGGCGGACAACAUAUGGAGAGUGUUACAUGGUACUAAUUACUUCCUGGAUAAGUAAGUUGCACAUUCCUAUAUCUUUAUUUAUUAAUGAUAAUUUGAUUUGAUAUACUUAUUUAAAAAAAAAUUAAACGGUGACCUUCUUUGGUGGAAGUUAGCUAAAUGGACAGUGGCCUUCAUCUAUGAAAGUUUCAUGUAUGCUUGUACAAUAUGGAGGGGGAAUCUUUAGCUGCUGAUUAAGGGUUAAGACUUAUUGCAAAGUGCACACAAGUGAGCAGCAAAAAUGAGCUUAAUAUUUAGUUUUACAGGAAAGAAGACAAUUAAUACAAUUAAAAAUUAAAUGAACAUGUGUCAAGUGUGGAAGCCAUUGGAGGCACACAUGUGGAUGAAAGACUUGAUGUACUGUAAUUUGAACAUGUUGAACAGUUGACAAAGUCAGUGAAGAGAGUUAUAAAAGUACCAUUAAAGAUAGAAGGUGAGAGGCAGACCCAUAUAGAGAUAGAUUGAGUGAUUGAGCUGAUCAGUGGCAAAGUGUCUGAUAGUUGUAGAAGUAACUUAGAGGGAAAGUACAGGUAUGGUGAAUAGUUAUUUUAGUAACCAAAGAAAGUCAUAAUUAAAAUAUAAAUAAAGAUAGUUGUGUACAAGUGUUUUUCUUUGUUAGACUCGAUAUGAUUUGAGGUACUGUACAUAGUAAUAUCUCCAUUAGCCAGAAUCCCUCAAACCCGGAAAUCUCCGAUA